AUGGGAAGUGGGAACGCCACGUCAGAUUUCAUUCUCCUAGGACUCUUGGACCACUCCAGAGCCCACCAGCUUCUCUUUGGGAUGGUUCUGAUAAUAGCUUUCACCUCCCUAGUGGGCAAUGUCCUGAUGAUUCUCCUGAUUUAUCGGGACCUCUGGCUCCACACGCCCAUGUACUUCCUCCUGAGCCAACUGUCCCUCAUGGACGCCAUGCUGGUUUCCACCACUGUGCCCAAGAUGGCUGCUGACUACUUGACGGGGAGCAGGUCCAUCUCCCCUACUGGCUGUGGCUUGCAGAUCUUCUUCCUCCUCACUCUGGGAGGUGGAGAGUGCUUCCUCCUAGCAGCCAUGUCCUAUGACCGCUAUGUGGCUGUAUGCCACCCACUGCGCUAUCCCACUCUCAUGAGCUGGCCACUGUGUCUGAGGAUGACCUCGGGGUCCUGGUUCCUGGGAGCAGCUGACGGCCUGAUGCAGGCUGUUACUGCCCUGAGCUUCCCGUUUUGCAGUGGGCGUGAGAUAGACCAUUUCUUCUGUGAGGCCCCCACGCUCGUGCGCUUGGCCUGUGCUGACACGUCUGUCUUUCAGGACGUCAUGUACGUCUGCUGUGUGCUGAUGCUCCUAGUGCCCAGCUGCCUCAUCCUGACGUCCUACGGUCUCAUCCUGGCUGCCGUCCUCCACAUGCGCUCCACAGAAGCCCGCAAGAAGGCCUUUGCCACCUGCUCCUCACAUUUGGCGGUGGUAGGGCUCUUUUAUGGAGCUGCCAUUUUUAUCUACAUGAGACCCAAAUCCUUCAGGUCAGCUAACCACGAUAAGGUGGUGUCUGCCUUCUACACCAUCCUCACCCCGAUGUUGAACCCCCUCAUCUACAGUCUGAGGAACAGCGAGGUCAAGGGGGCCCUGAGAAAGUGUGUGGCCAGUGUGUGGCCUUGAUGUUUUAUUAAUAGUGUGCACAUUUCUCCCAGUUUUCAUGGUUGUGCAGAGCUAGUCUGUGUAAUUGAAAGGAAAGUCAUCAUCUCCCACGAUGCCUCCUUGUUCAUGGGAGAUAUGGUCCAAGGUGCACAGUGGAUACCUAAGAGGACAGAGCCUCUCUGUGAAUGCUUUGUUUAUCUAGCUGACCUCUGAUGGGCUGUGGCCAUAACUUUUGCAACCUGAGGUUCCAGAGCAAAA